UCCAAGAUGGACAGGUUUAUUUGUUUGCUAGGAUGCAUUUUAAUGUUAUCUUUUACGUAUAUUGCGCAUGGCAACCAAGUGUUCCGGGAAGCCAACUAUAUUUUCCGAAAGACUGCGGUGAAUAGCUUCAGGCAGCAGAAUCGAAGUUCGUACUUUGGCUAUACAGUCAAUUUACGAGUUAGCGGAGUAUUCAUCGGAGCACCAAGAGCACAAUCCCAGCUUGAAUCUCAACGAAACAUUCAUGAGCCUGGUGCAGUCUACAAGUGCAGCUACACAUCAACAUCCGACUGUUGGCCGUUUCAUCUCGACAAAGAAGGUAACAUCCAUGUUGAAAGAUACGAUGGGUACAUUCGAUCGGAACGGAAGGACUACCGAUUGCUUGGGGCUGCCAUGGACGGUUUGACAGCGGAUGGAAAUUGGUUUGUAGUUUGUGCUCCGAAGGCUAUCGGCGAAUUGAAUGAACAGUAUCAUUUGCAUGGUUGUUGCUAUGUCGUCAGUGAUACUCGUGCGCCCAACGUAACAGAAAAGCCGCAUAAAAUUAAACCAUUUAUGUUGAACAAAAUGCAGGGCUACAAAUUCCUCGACAAUAAAAAAGCUUACUUCUACAUGCUCGGACAAUUGGGCUUCAAUGUGCACGUGACGGAUGAUGGAAAAGAAAUCAUCAUAGGUGCUCCUGGUGUCAUGGAUUGGACUGGAACAGUCAUACGCUAUCGUCGAAAUUACAAUUCGGCUACGAGAAUGGCUUGGAAAAAUGUUUACGUCGUACCAGACCGAUACUAUUCACAUGAAACUAUUGUCCCAAACCCGCUACAUGUAGGAACAUUGAGUACGUUCUCAUAUUUUGGGUAUGCCGUCAACUCAGGACGCUUCCUGGCGAAUCAAAAGAUCUUGUACGUUGCUAGUGCACCAUCGUCUAAAGGAGGCCUAGGACAGGUGUUCAUCUUCGAUUACGCUCAACUGCUUUCAAAUGAUGAAAUUGGCAUAAGGGUGCUCAAGUCAUUUACUGGCCACCAGAUUGGCGAGUACUUCGGAUAUGCACUACUCACCGAAGAUUUCAAUAAGGAUGGAUUAGCAGAUCUCGCUAUAGCAGCUCCAAUGCACAGUCGUACAAAAGAGUUUGAUAAUGGAGUAGUCUAUGUAUAUUUGAAUAAAGGAGGACUGAACUUUGAACUGCAAGCUAUUCUACAAUCGUCGUAUGGCUUCGGAGGCCGCUUCGGCACGAGCUUGGGAAAAAUUGGCGACAUCAAUCGAGAUGGUUACGGUGAUAUGGCUGUAGGGGCUCCGCAUGAAGGUGACGGAGUGGUUUACAUCUUCCCUGGAUCAGACGAAGGAAUAAAUACAAAGCCAACUCAACUUAUAAAAGCUCCUUCGACUAUAAAAACUAACCAACCAGCAAUGUUUGGGUAUGCGAUCUCGCGUGGAGUAGACAUUGAUGGGAAUGGUUACAACGACUUGGCCAUCGGCGCCCCUAACGCAGAAACGGUUUACGUAUAUAGAGCAUAUCCUAUCGUAAAAGUGAUAGCUACAAUCAAUUUAAAUCAAACACGAAUACCAAUCGGGGGAGCUUCGAUCGAGGUUGAAAUUUGUUUCACGCGAGAGUUUGCCUUAAAAGAUGAACCAUCGUUUGAUGUUGAACUGGAGUACAGCCUUCAGCUUGACUUGACCUACCGUCGAGCGUCGUUUCAGAACAACGCAAGCAAUCCUUUAUCAAACACCAUCAAUCUUAGACAGCAUAAGUCAUGUCAGAAGUAUAACAUAUCCGUCAUUGAUUCGUAUACUAUCGCACGUAAGGAGGAAAAUGAAACACCAAACCCUGUUACCAUCGAACUAACCUUCAAUAUUUCGAGCAAGUCAUCUCCUCCGCAAGGCAGUGAUUUCUGUGAACAAUGUGCUGUACUCGACACGAACAACAUCAAUCGAAUCAGUAGAGAUAUCCCUAUCGACAUUUAUUGUGGCGGCCAUAUCUGUCAAUCAAACCUAAGGAUAUUAAGCUUACAAUGGAUCAAUAUCACUAACCCCUUCGUUGUCGGUUCGAGGGAGACAGCUACACUUGAAUUGAUGAUUGACAACGUCGGCGAUACCGCCCAUUACUUGCAGUUGGAAAUGAUAGUACGCAAAAAGCUCACCUUAGCUAAGCUUAAGCGCGAUUGUGUUUCGAAAACGCCAAGUGAUGGAAAGUCACGAAUAGUUUGUGUUUUGAAAAACCGACUUCCUCUCGAGACAAACACAGCCGUCAAUGCAUCUUUCACAUUCGAUUUGUCUUGGCUUGAAGGACAUGAUAACCUAAAAGUACAUGUAAAUGUUACUGCCUCUAGCCCAGAAUUGGAACCAAGCGAUAAUGAAAAUGAAACAGAUCUGAUGGUCAUUGAACGCAGUGACAUAGAAUUGUUUGGCAAACCCUCGGCAGCUGACAUCAGUCUUGAUCAUGCUGGAGGAUUGUUCAACGUCACACACAAUUGGACGCUUUAUAACAACGGACCUAGCCCACUUCGACAUGCCA